GUUUUAUCUCACAGGAAGUAGCCGUUUGAAUGCCAAUUGCCAGCAUGGACCCUCGGAACUUGACACACGAUUGUCUCAUCCAUAUAUUUUCAUUUCUGACCGAAGGAGAUCUAAUAAAGGCAUCGAGCGUAUGUAAGGACUGGCAUGAGGUUGCCGAAACUCAGUGGUUAUGGAGGAGGAUGUGCUUGCAGCGGUGGGGCUUUUGUAGCCAGGCUGUGUUGGCGAGCCCUGUCGUGAAUAACUCAUGGAAGACAUACUUCCUGCGCCGAUCCCAUUUGGAGACAAAGAUGAAGGAAGGGAGAACUGGGGACUACACCUGCAGAAGUCUCCGAGGCCACACAGGGCAAAUAGUGGGCUUGGUCUACCUCGAAAAGAGCUCACCACUAAAUCCUGAGCUGUGGCACAUCCCGGACACAGUCUGCAGUGCUUCUACUGAUGGUACAGUCCGGGCAUGGAAUAUCCAGAAUGGUCAACUCAUGUGGUGCAGUGCUAAGCAGGGUCCUUUAUCAAGCAUCAUAAGUGAUGAGCAACAUGACUUUGUCAUCACAGCAGACUCCACCGGCUUGAUCAAGGUCUGGCAAGGUCAGACUGGCAAAGAGGUGGCGUCUAAUUCUGCUGCAUCCACGCACUGUACAUUGCUACAGUAUAAUAAGGACAAUGAUUGGUUUCUCUCUAUUGGAAAGAGUCUGGGUUCACUGUGCACUUUAGCUGGAACAGCUCUGACUGAAAGAUCCAGUAUAAUGAUAUGUGACAGCUUUAAAGUCAACAUACUACUGGUUUCUCCUGACAAGAAAUGGAUCAUAGCUGGCUCCAAGGACAAUGUUGAUUUAAGUCCGAAGGUGAUUUAUACAGAUAGCUUGACCUCGCCGUGUGAGGACGAAGAACCACUGUGCCAGUUUGUGCCGGUCACAGGGUGCCAGGCGGCAGUCUUCAUCCCCACGCAGUCUGCCAGACUGGCCAUGGUCCACUGCAAUGAGCGCAGCAACAACAAAGCACUCACUGUCUUCAAUGUCAGCAUUAAAAAGUCAAAGUACACGUCCCAGAUCCAAGUCCAACAGGUCGAGUCCUUUUCCUUGCCCAUGGGGGCAUCCUCAAACAUUCUUCUUGAGGCUAAAGACAGCAACUCCAUUGUGAUGGCCGUUGAUAAGCAGCUCUGGAUGUACUCUAUGAAAGGUUCCUUACUUGCGAGCUUUACUGAGCAUAUGAUGCCAAUCACUUCAAUGUGUGUGGACAGCUUUCGUGUGGUAACGGCAUCUCAGGACCUUUCCUUGCACGUGUUUGCUUGGAAACAUGACAGGGAUCGUGGGUUGGUCUUGGAAAGUCGAUACUCAUUACUGGGAGGGUCUCACACUAUGUCCAGAGGUUUCAGCCUCGUCUCCUGUGACUUCUCCAGCAUUGUUGGUUCAGUCCAAGGGAAAGAUGGCAGAGAUGUUUUAAAAGCUUAUACAUUCACCUCCUGAGCCUAAACAAAAAAUUGCCUAUAUGUACUUUUUGCACAGCCACCAAAAAGAUAAUUCACUGUAAAUUAUGCGUGUUUUUUUUUAUUUUUACCUUCUUUGGUUAUUUACACAAAGAUAACAUUGUUACCUUAAAGGCAUUGAUAUAGUGGAAUGUGAGCUACAAUAAACCUGGAAAAGUACUGUAUAUUGAUACUUGACUAGUUCUGGAACUGAAGUUGACCAGUCAUAAGGCAGUAUACAUUGCAUAUUAAUUGUUCUUCAUUGAGUUACCUCAGUGUGGAAUACAGAAAUGCUAAGACGGUAUGUACCACUAUUCACCUCACAACAUUGGUAAUAUAAUAAAUAUAAGGCACAAAGUCUCCUCCACGUUUCCACAUAUAGAAGUAUCUACACAAAAGAAAAAGAAGACAUUGUAGAUUCUUCUUCUUUGGUGGCAACACAUCUCAUGUCCUCGAGGACACACCGUAGGACUCUAGUCAUGGACUCAUAAACUUGGCUUCCAUUGUUGGAAUUGCUUUCCGUCUGUUGAAGUGUGAACAUCAUUUGACAUUGAUGACAACUAAUUGAAUUCACAUGUAGUCUUACCCAAGUAAAAGCCUUGAUUGCACGAUUCAGGAAUGCAUUUUCAACCUCCUCUGGUACUGUCAGUAGAUGAGCCAUACAGUCUAGUAUGCAUAGCAGUGUUUCCUUGGGUGCCUAAAGUAGGAAGCAAAUAAUAUCGGUUGAAAAAAAGGAAUCUGAAACCUGGAUGUGUGCAGUAUACUGUCCAUUGUAAUGAAACAGGAAGGUUUUACCUGACCAAAUGUGUUGAGGACAGUCUGAGCAUCAAUGUUGUCAGGCUUUAGGGAUAUGACAUCUUGAAGGCAGAUGACUGGCUCUUUAAGCUGCUCUAACCAUGCCCACAUCAGACCUGUAAGGAUGAAGGGAUCCCGCUCCAUGCAUAGCCUUUCCCAUGCACCGCCUUGAUUUAAUUCAGCCUACAAGCACACAAAUGCUUGCUAAUUAGAUUCGACACUUUUGUAUUGAUCCGUCAGCUGUUUAGUGGCAAACCCGCAGCCUUAUGAAGGGAAUAGUAUCUUUUGAUGUAUUUACUGUUUGACUGUAUUAUUUUAACACACUCAAUACAGUCCCUGACAAAAGUAUUGUCGCUUAUCCAUUUUGUAGAAACCAUUGCUAAUAACCUG